AUGUCAUUUGCUCGCCCCUAUACGAAACUACAACGGAACCAACGCGAACCUUGGGGCAUGCUUCAGCACACAAUAUCCCUUAUGGCUGAGUACUUCGAUCCUGGGUUCAAAGGAUCUUUGGAGAACGUCAAUGGAGACGUAUCUACUCGUUGGCCCAUCUUCCGCGAUGAGAAACGACCCCAAGAAGUCAUCUGCGAUGUGAUUACGAAGAAAAUCGCUGAGAUGGAUGGGCCAGAUGACCUCCCGUACUGCCUGGACCUCUAUUCCAUGUGUCUGGGCUAUAUUUGCCAGUAUGACCCCAAAGGAAAACUCAAGAUCAACAGGGCUUGUGUCCGCCGAGCAUUGGAAAUCCAUGCCCCCGCCAUUCUGAAAGAGGUCUGGGAAGGAUUCUUCUUUAUGUUUCCUUUUUUCCCGGAUGAUCUUGACCCUCAAAUGAUCUCCUCCGCGACAAAUUUCGUGACAAAACUGUUCGACCUCUACAAAUCCUGGGAGGAUGCGCAAGAAGGCCCAUGCACUUGGCUAUGGGUACUGCCCUUUCUGCAGGAGUCUGUGUCUUUGUUCCCCAGUCGUCGCGAUCGUCGACCACUGUUUCUUUUUCGCAGAUGA